GGAGGAAGGGGCCGGUGAUGUCAGUAGGAGGCUCUGUGUCACUCGCUGACCCCUGCACAAUUCACAGUAGGCUUGAUCACAAAUAACAAAGAGACGCAGCUCAGCUAUUGUUCUGGGAAGACAGAAGGAGCCGGACACACACCCACUCAGGAUUACUCAGGGAAUCCCCACGGCACACUCAGGAGAUGUCAGGGAAACGGAUGGUGUCCUCGGUUCAUAUCACUUUAACCUCACCUUGGAGAGCUGAAAUUCCACACAAGGCACAUCCACAGGUAGACAAGCAGGGGCGGCCCAGAGAGGGGCAAGAACUCUCCCUGUCGCCUCCGCACCCGCAGAUAUCAGACAAUCAGUCCGUAGCAGAACAAGCAGACAUCCAGAAUGGAGGUUUCUCAUCCUUCCCUUACUCCUUCCUGGAUGACAUCCCUGCGACAGAUGAUUUUCUUGGACCUGAUCUCCCUCCACCGCCUCCAACUCUGCUAAGCAGUCCAAAGAAGAUCCCCCGAAAUUCCUCAUCUGCUCCUGUCCAUGAUCUCCCACCACCGCCUCCUCCGCCUCCAACUCUGCUAAGCAGUCCAAAGAAGAUCCCCCGAGAUCCCUCAUCUGCUCCUGUCCAUGAUCUCCCACCACCGCCUCUUCCGCCUCCAAGUCUGCUAAGUAGUCCAAAGAAGAUCCCCCGAGAUCCCUCAUCUGCUCCUGUCCAUGAUCUCCCACCACCGCCUCCUCCACCUCCAAGUCUGCUAAACAGUCCAAAGAAGAUCCCCCGAGAUCCCUCAUCUGCUCCUGUCCAUGAUCUCCCACCACCACCUCCUCCACCUCCAAGUCUGCUAAACAGUCCAAAGGAGAUCCCCCGAGAUCCCUCAUCUGCUCCUGUCCACGGUCUCCCAUCUCCGAGUCUGCUAAAGAGUCCGAAACAGAUCCCACAGGAGGCUUUCUCUGUUCCAGAUCUUCCGCCUCCUCCCCCAGAUUUGUUAACAUCUUCCAAACAGAUCCCACUAGAUCCUUCACCGGCUCCUGUUCCAGAUUCACUUCGUUUAGAACUGAUGAAGCUGGAUUUGACCCACAGCACCUCUGCUCAGAAGCUAAACUCUGAGAUCCCGACAGAAUUGAAUGUUACGAAAAGUGUUCCUGGGCCCUACACCCAGCAGAAGAGAGAAGAGCCGAUGCCAGCCAGGAAGCCUGAGAACGGAUACCCAGGGAAGCAGGAAGACUACGAUGUUUGUGCUUUCUGCCAUAAAUCCAUUGCCCCCAACGCAGCUGCCAUCGAAGCCAUGAAGAAGCAGUAUCACGCCAGUUGCUUCACGUGUAGAAAGUGCCAUCGGUUACUGGCCGGACAGCUGUACUACCAGAAAGACGGGCAGCCUAUAUGUGAGCACUGUUACAAGGACACUUUGGAAAAAUGUGCCAAGUGCCAGACGCUGAUCACCCAGCAUAUUGUACGUGCCAUGGGGAACGGGUACCACCCGGAGUGCUUCACAUGUGUAGUUUGCCACCGGAGGAUCGCGGACGAGAGCUUUGCGGUGGAUGAAUACAACGAUGUUCACUGCGCUGAUGAUUAUUACAGGAAAUAUGCCCCCAUCUGUAGUGCUUGUGGAGAGCCCAUAAUUCCUGGAGAGAGAGACGACUCGUAUAAAAUUGAAUGUCUUGGGAAGAACUUCCACGAGAAUUGUUACCGCUGCGAGCGCUGUCACAUCUCCUUGUCUCUGGAGCCCACGGAGAGCGGCUGUUACCCCCGGAACGGGCACUUGCUGUGUAAGCCUUGCCACCUCACAUGGAAAGAUGGGGGGUCGUAAUGAACGUAUUCGGGGCGUCUUUAAACAUCAUCUCAGCGCACAGAUUAAGCUGGCCGAGCUCACUCACAGAAAGAGGUCUGCACAGAAUUCACUAGAAACAACUUAUUCUCACCCGCUUUGGGCACCUCUGUAUCCGAAGACUAAAGACCGUGGCGCAGACGCCCGCCAGCUGCGGCUCAUUAACUAAAUGGUGCGCGUGCCAUAAAAGAACCGAGACCAUAUUUCAGCCGA